AUGUCUUCACCCAGCGCUUCUCCACCUUCCUCUACAUCCUCUACUUUGACGGAAGAAAGGUCAACUCGCACGAUGGCGGACGUUGUGAAGAAUCUAGAUACGGAAGAACUUAUCAAUUACUUGUGGAAGAAAAACUUGAAGCUUAAAGAGUCGCAUUUCAAGAUUUUUCGAAAAAAAGAGAUUACUGGUUCAGCGUUUCUGGAUAGGACAGAAGAUAGAUUCCGUAGGAUUGGUUUGGCAUUGGGACCAGCGAUGGCACUCGCAAAAUUUAUCGAGGGUCGAGAUCAAAAACUACGAAGUUUCUCGUCAUACAAAACUCUGGAAGAACUGAAGGACGUGCUCCGCAAAUAUAAAGUCAAUGGUGAGGAUAUUAUGAGCAUCAAGCAAUUCAAUCCGGAGCCCUUGAACAAUACCAACGCCAACGAAGCUACUCGCUGUGUAUUCAUUACAUCAAUAUUAAAUGCAUUUCUGUCUAUCGUUCGACGAAUUAUCAACGAAGAAAAAAUCUACAUAUCAUAUCAAAAAGCAGUUUCUGGUGAGGAAGCAUCUGAACGUGUUGACUACGCAAUCAAAGAAAACGAGGAUCUUAUGUGUAUAGCAGAGGGGAAACCUCGUAAUGUUGAAAUUGGUUAUCUUCAGAAUAUCAUGCAACUAGAGGGUGCAUAUCAUACAAACAAAAAGAAACGUACGGCUGAUGAAGCAUUCCGAGAUGAUGAUUAUGACUAUUUUUACGGGAUAGUAUCUACAGGUAUUCAUAUCUUAUAA